CUCGAUUACUGUAUUUCCGAUGUGCUGUGUUGGGAAAUCCUUAGUAACGAAAGAGUUAACGGUGGUGCCUCUGCUAUGGUUCUUUUUAGGAAAAGCGCCUGAGAGACAGAGGGAUGCCGAGCUAGGAUAGGAAAUAUAAUACUGCAGAUCACUCUGAAGGAGGAAAACGCAACAUGGAAGGCUGUGGAAUGUAUCGCCUCGUUGCGGAUUUUAUUUGAUGUGAAUACCUGAAAUCAAAAAUCUUGAUAUACAUUUAUUUAAAGCUGAAUAAUGCGGCUGGAAAUGAGCAGGUCCGCAGCCCUCCUGCUCUGUUUACUGGGCUGUAAUGUCUGGAAAGCGGUAACCAAAACCUUGCAAGAAGAAAACGCUGCUAAAGAGGUUACACUGAAAGUCCACGUAGGUGAUGCAAGUACUCAUCAGCCCAUAGCUGGAGCCACCAUCGAAAUUUUUAUCAACCAGACCUCCCUCACCUCAGAAACCUCGGGAGCAGAUGGCAACGCCUUUAUUAAAUUUAACUACAGAGUCGGCACCCUAUUGAUUGUCACGGCAACCAAGCAGGGCUAUGUGCCAAACUCUGCACCAUGGCGACCAACCAGAUUACCAGUGUUUUCAUCUUUGAGCCUUGACUUGCUUCCUGAGAGAUCUGCUACAUUAAUGGUGUAUGAAGACAUUGUCCAAAUUGUCUCUGGAUUUCAAGGAGCAAGGGUCCAGCCUAGGGUUCAGUUUCAAAGAAGAGCACUAAGCUUGCCCCAGAACUCCACCUACAGCAACCUCACUGCCUUUCUCACUGCAGCCUGCUCUCCAUGGGAGGUAGACAGUUUCCCUUAUUUACAGGGACUUGAUGGGAAUAGGACAGGAAACAGCAGCAGGUUUGAGCUGACCCCUGUCACAGCAGUCAGCAUUCAUCUGCUCGGGAAUGACGGGACUGAAAUCCCAGUCAACGGGCCGAUCUACGUCACUGUGCCUCUACCCGCCAAUAGCAACCUGAAGGAGAAUAAUCACAUUCCAGUGUGGAGCUUCGACCAGAAACUCGGGGCCUGGUUGAAAAGCAGCUUGGGCUUUGUACAAAAGGAAGGCAAUCAGCUCACGUUGACGUACAUUGCUCCACAUUUGGGGUACUGGGUGGCAGCCAUGUCUCCACUGAAUACAGGUCCUGUGGUGGCUAAAGACAUCAGCACCUACCACACAGUCUUUCUGCUGGCUAUUCUAGGUGGGAUGGCUGUCAUUCUACUGGUCUUGCUCUGCUUACUGCUUUAUUACUGCAGGAGAAAAUGUUUAAAACCACGACAACACCACAGAAAACUACCGGUGUCUUCUGCCCUGGAAGGUUCGAAGAAGGACCAGGCCACCUCUAUGUCUCAGCUGCAUUUGAUCAGUGAGGUGCACAUGGAAAUAGUCUCGUCAAGCGGGGAAGCUGACAUGCGCACGCCGAUGCUUAAACCUUCAUACAAUACAUCACAGGACUUCAGUUCCAGAGAGGAAUUAAUGUCACAACAUGAAGACCGAGAGAAAAGCAGAAGCUCCUUGAACAACCUCACGCAUCGAGGAACUUUAUUGAAGGAGUAUCACAAAUCAAUGGAGACGUUUCAUUUAAAGUCAACUGGAUCUAAUGAACCCUCCGAAGGCUAUGAAUCACCUGCACGGGAUAAGUAUCGAAGAAGCUAUAACUCUGUUUCUUCUCAGCCCGUAUUGGAAAAAAGGGAGAGACAAGUGCAGGCUUCUGUGAACCAUUUGUCUACAGAAAGCAAAAGCAGCACACGUGAAGCAGCAUACCAGCCACCCUGCACGCCCAGCCAAGAGCAAGUAAUGGACCGGAGACCACCAGACUACUUGAUGUCAAGAUCUGUUGACCACCUGGAAAGACCGACCUGUUUCCCCCAUACCAGUCAGUUGAUCUGCUGUAGCUCUGUGGACCAGGUGAAUGAAGGCGUGUACAGGAAAGGGCUACCCACGCUGGUCAUUCCUGCCCACUACAUGAAGCUGCCAGGAGAGCAUCCUUUUGCUGGUCAGCCUCUGCUCCUCCAGACUGAGCACCAGAGCGAUCUUGAAAGACUUCAAGCAGAACUUUCUGCUUCCCAUCAGCCUUUACUCCAGCAACCGCCUGAGCCCAUGCAGCUGUCCGCUCAGGAUACGUCUCAGCAGAAUCUCCUGGACCCACAAGGCACAGACUGGAACCUGCAGUCCACUUCCAUGUCGGAGUCCAUGUCAAUCCCGCCGUCCCUCAGUGAGUCCGGUCUUGUCCAGAUGAAUGGGGAGGUGCAGCUGUUGGCAGAAAAGACGCUCAUGGAGCUGCGAGGGGGAAAGCCCUUGCCUCACCCAAGAGCCUGGUUCGUCUCCCUGGACGGCCGAUCCAACGCUCACAUCCGGCACUCUUACAUCGACCUCCAAAGAGCCGGAAAGAAUGGAAGCAACGAUGCCAGUUUGGACUCCGGAGUUGAUAUGAACGAACCAAAAUCUGCCAGGAAAAAUAGAAUUGGGGCUAGAGAAAGGAAAAUUCCUAAAGUCAUGGCUUACACACAGCUGGUAUACGUUGAUGACGUGGAGCAAAACGGCAGCGAAAAUGUAAGUGCCGUCUACAGCCCUGAGGACAACGCACUAGGGCCUCUUCUGGAUGGGACCCCUGGGCCUGAAGAUGACAUGGUUUCACCCGAGCAACAGCAGGACACUGUAAACAGAACUGUAGAAGCUGAGCCAGAACUGGAGUCGGAACUGCCCACCAGCCCUGAGCAUGAUACUCCCUGCAACGACGACAGCGGGGAAGACGAAAACAAAAAGAGCCCUUGGCAAAAGAGGGAGGAAAGGCCGCUGAUGUCUUUUAAUCUAAAAUGAGGAUUUACAGCUCCUUCCUGCUGGAGAUACAAAAUGACAAAUUCAAACAAGUUGCCAAAUAUAGUUUUCAGAAAGUGCUAUUCUAGGAAACAAACUGCUAUCUCGAAACGAAACAAAAAUGGACGAGGUUAGAGGUUAUAUGCACAACUGCUAUGCCUUUUAAAAUUACAAAACUCGUAAGGGAAAACAACCAUGCAAAGGACAAAUAGCUUUACAUAUAUAUUUUGUGAUUGAUCAACAGCUGGGUUGAACAAUACAUGACCCUUGUUUUUGACCCCUAUCUACCCUAUAGCAGCAGCAGUUGGACGCUGCAUUGCCAUUUUAAAAAGUUCAUGUAAAGUUUGAAUUGACCAUUUUAAUACUGUGUCUGAACACAAGUAUACAUUAUGCUAAUGAGUGGCCAUGCAUUGCUUUUUUAGUAACGUGUAGCUUAUGAUGCCUUUUUGACGAUUCUUUAUUUUAGUUGUAAACAUUUUGCAGGUAUUUUAUUUGAAUAGUUUUAUGUUUUUUAUUUUAUUUUUUUCUGGCUAAAAGCCAAGUUGAAACUCAAAUCAACAAAAGCCUUUAUCUGAAACCAAACCAAACCUCCAGAAUCUACUUCCAUAGUUUCCAAGUGCCUUUUCCAUAUACAGACCCUACUUCAAGGGACUCGCCCAAAGCAGUUCCCUUUUCUUUUCACUCACAAACAGUUUUUUUUGUUUUGUUUUGUUUUGUUUUUUGUUUUGGUUGCAUGCAGUAAAUUGUCAACUGAGCUUUUAAUUUUCAAUUUGAAUACCAAUGUAUGCUGUAGUUAGCCAUGUGCUCAGUAGUACUGUGGAUUCUGUUUGACUACAGGUAAACUAUGGGACAAUUUGAGGAUCUUCAUGUAGCCAAGAAUGAAGGUUAUGUAUGUGUAUGUGUGGUUUUUACUGUCCUGAAGUUUAAGGCGGACACAGUCCCUUUGCUGUUCUAUCUGGGAGCUGUGGAAUGGUUAUGAAGCGUGAGUGUUCUGACAGUGAUUGAGAACAUGUGAUCCUUCUGUACCAUCUUAACAGUGCCAGAAUGACAGUCUGUCUGGUUGCUUGUGUAUCUGAGACUUAUUAUGCAGAAUAAAUAAAAAAACAAACUACACAAGA